UAACAGUGACUGUGUGUAACUGUGUGUGUUGUGACUGUGCCAAAUUAAGCCUGUUAAUUAUAUAUUUCCACAUACAGAUAUGUUGUGAGAGAGCAAGAGAGAAACUUCUCACAGCCCGGACUCUGGUCCUCCAUUUCCCUGACGUCUGUCAGCAUCAAACAGUGUUCCAUACUAAGAUGUAUUUAUCACUGUGUAGACCUACACGUUGACGUCUAACCUUAUUGAAUAACUCCUCUGACCUAGCCUAUGCCCUGUUUAUUUAUUCAUUUCAAAGUUGGACUAAUUUAAUUUUGGAGGAUGAUGUCGGUGUAUGGGCUAUGCUGCAUAAUGCGACUGCUCUCCCCUCUCUCAUCCGGUUUCUGUCUCGUUCCCGAUCCCAUCUGAUGCUGCAAGGCGUGCCGUGGCGCACUGGCCUGGUCCAUGUGAUAGCGAGGGGAGGAGGGGGCCCUAAAACAGUUCGCUGACACUCUUGUUUCAUCACUUAAUAGCUCGACUACCCCGGAGCGGUCCUAGGACGCAUUUUUGGCGCGUGGAUACAUACUUGGUGUCGCUUACUACCUUUUGAAGUUUUGUCGCGUUUGCGGUGGUUUCGGGGCGAGCACAAGCCAAAUCAACCAAAGAGGAGAAAGAAGUGCGGUUUUCGCCAUGGGAGCACAGACCUCAGCGCAACGUGACGAAAAGAGCCAAGAGGAUGCGUCAGCCGAGGAGCUAAGCGCGGAGGGGAACGCGAUUUCGGAGGGGGAUAGCGUUGUCGACGUCAAGCUCCAGCAGACGAAUGGACAGAUCUCCAUCUCCAGUUUGAUUGGGAAGGUAGACGAGCAGACAAAGCUCCAUGGCCACUCAGAGGACAACACGCUAACAGAGGAAGUUGAUGCCGUGUCCGCGUCUCAGAAGGAGGAGGUUCCUGAAACAAUGGACUCCCUCCAGGCUGAGGUGCCCCCUCAGGUGAACGGAGAGAAGGAUGAGAAUGAGUCACCUGACACAAACAACAUCACCUCUGCAGAGGAGAAGGAGGUCGAGGAGAAACCAGGCGAAGCCAAUGAGGUGGGCUUCAAAAAGAUCUUUAAGUUCGUUGGCUUCAAGUUCACUGUGAAGAAGGACAAGAAUGAGAAGACGGAGCCGGUGCAGCUGCUGACGGUGAAGGACAAGGACGUGGAGGAAGGAGAGACCAGCGGGUCUGAGGAGACUAAGGAGGAAGCCACCACUGCAGAGGAGGAGGUCAAAUCUGAGAAGGAGAAGGCAACUGAACCAGAUACCUCCACCAUCGAGACUGACGCCACUCCAGUGGAUGCCCCAUCUGAGACCGUGGAUGGAGAGGCUGCAGAGGCAGUCAGAGACGAGACUGCAGAGGGAGCUGAGGUGGAAGCUACAGAGAAAGACCCUGAGGACCCAGCUGCAACUAACCCACCUGGCCAGGAGACCACUCAGUCCCCCUUCAGAAGGUUCUUUACACAGGGAAUCUUCUUCAAUCUGCGCAAGAAGGCAAGCAUCAAGAAGCCCAAAGAGGAGGAACCAAAAGAGAAAGCUGCCGGGGAGGAGAUAAAGGAGGGAGAGGAAACAGCAGAGGCUGUGGUGGAGGAGGAUGGAGAGAAAGUAAAAGAAGAGGUGGAGGGAGAGGUGAAGGAGGUGGAACCAGUGACAACACCAGAGGAGGCUAAGCCUGAUUAUUCCACAGAAACUGAGACAGUGGAAGCACCUGUCAAAGAGAUCAAAGAGGAGGUCCAAGCCGAGGUGGCAGUAGAAAUGUCAGAAUCCGGUAUUUCUGACAAUGCCAAACCAGCGGAAGAGAAAGUUGAAGAGGCUGUGGAAGCAGACAACGCCCCAGUCGAGGUCACCACCGAGGCUGAGCUGCUAUCAUCCCAGGAGAAGGUCAAGGCCCAGGGAAGCCCACUGAAAAAGCUCUUCACUGGGGCCGGCCUGAAGAAGCUCUCUACCAAGAAACAUAAGAAAGACAAGAAAGACGCAGAGGCCAAGCUGACCGAGUCUGAGGAACAGGCAGCUGAACUCCAAACCUCCACAGAUUCAGCAGAGGUCCAGAAACCCGACAGUGGGGCCUCGUCUCCAGAGGAGUCUGGUGAGCAUGCCAUCGGGGUAGAAACCGCUCAAGCUGAGGUCAGCCAAGAGGCUGAUGGGGAGGUAACCAGCUCAGAUGAAGGGAAGAAGAAAGAAGGUAUCAUGCCCUGGUCCUCCUUCAAGAAGAUGGUGACGCCCAAGAAACGCAUCAAGAGGCCCUCUGAGAGUGAGGACGAGGCAACUGGUGAGAAAGCCAAGUCGGGCACCCUGUCCUCCACUGAGAGUGCCGUGUUUGUGGAGAAAGAGAAGGAGCCGGAAUCCACUGAGGAGGACCCAAAAACCGAAGCCACUGAAAAGCUGGAGGGCAGCACCGAGGAGUCCAAAAGGAUGAAGAUGGACACCUCAGUCUCAUGGGAGGCCCUUAUGUGUAUGGGCGGCAAUAAGAAAAGGACCAGGAAGACCUCUGACUCUGAAGACGAGGAGACCAAAAUCGAAGAGGAGGCGCCACAAGCUGGAGAAGAACUGGCUAAGACCACAGAGUCUCCUCUUGGAAGUUCCAGAGAGGCUGAUCAGGAAAACACGGUGUCGUCUCCCGAACCAUCCACUAGCCCCGCUGCAGGAGAGUCCACCUGGGAUACUCUCAAGCGCCUCGUCACCCAUAGGAAGAAGCCCAAAGCCGAGGAUAAGACAGAUGAGUCCGGUGCCGAACCGGUUGUCUCAGACAGUGAAAUCUCAAAAGAAGAUUCCUCAUUCUCUCUGAGGAAACUCAUCCCUGGACGUAGAAAGAAGAAGCAGCUUUCCUCCGAUCUGGGGUCUGGCGAGGAAGACUCUGACACACCAGCCGUGGUCCCCCUCUCAGAAUAUGACAACGAGCAUGCCAAGACUAAGGAAGAGGCUGAAUUUGAAAUGACAGUGGAGACAGUGGAUGCUAAGGAGGCAGCACCAAUCACUCAGGCUCAAUCCUCCACCGAAGAGAGAUCCCCCUCUUGGAUCUCAGCCACGGCUGUUGUGGAAGACCUCCAGGAGAUUCCACACGAUCAGCUGAGCGACAUCCCAGAAGAGGGUGCCGCCACCCCAAAGUCUGCUGACACCACUCUCGCCGAGGACAUUGUAGAGCAGACCUCAGAGGCGGUCACAUGCCUGGAGCAGGAGCCUGAGCUGUCUGUUGCCGAGGUGACUACAAAGAUGAUUCCAGACAUGUCUGGAGAAACCACCCCUGUGCCCUAUGAGCCUGAGCCAGAGUCUCUGGAGGUCCUGCAGGAGGCUGUGGAGCUGGUCAAUGAGCUCCCAAGCCUGACUUCCGUAGAAAUCACAGAGGUCCAACUGGAGAAUGUUGCGUCCAUCCCAGAGCCCACACCGCCGAUUGAGUUCACCGAGAGCGAAUCAAAGGUUGUCUUGAUGGUGCAUAAAGAAACUGAGGCCACCGCCAUCUGCACUGGCCUGGGCACCAAGGAGAUUGCCAAGGUGGCAGUGGAGAAGCCUGUGAUUCCCACCGUGGAGUGUCUAGCUGAGAUCAGCGAUGCUCUGUCUGCUGAGUUGCCAGUGGAGGACAAGGCUGAUCCAACUGAGGUGGCUGAUUCUAUUGAAGAGCCAAUGUUUGAGGCUCAAGUGGAGCAGGUCGACAGCACAUUCCUGGAGGCCUCCCUAGAGAAGACUAUUGAAGAUAUCCCAGAGCCUGAGAUAGCCACUGAGGGCAAAGAGCCUGAAGUUGAAAAGCUAGCCGUGAUCAAUGAUAUCCAGAUGGAGGCUGAAAUCAUCGAGGCCCCCGUAGUGACUGAGAACACUCCCAGAGUGGAGCUGGUGGACCCCAUCACACCAACUGUCGAAGAAUCCAUUGCCGCUGACAUUGUGGAGAUCUCUGAGGCACCUGUCGUUGAGGUCAAAAGUGAGGAGAUGGAGGUGGAAGAGACAGCUGCCAUCAAAGACAUCGCUCCUGUAGAGGAGGUGAAUGAGCCCGUCACAAGAGAAAUGGCUACCUCGCUAACUGACUUCGAUCUGGCCACAGUUACUGAGGUGUGCGAGGCAGCCAUUGCUGUUGUAGCCCCUGCUGAAGAGUUCAUCAUUGUCAAGGAGACUGUGUGCCUAAUCAGCCCACCGUCCGUGAAAACCCAGCAAGUGGAGGUCCCGGAGGCCAUGGCGGUGGAAACAUUCUCAGUGGCAGUUGCAGAGCCUGCUGGUGAUUACCAAAUCCAAGUGAAAGUGACUGAGGUUGGUGUCACAGAGGCCGAGGAGACGAAGGAGGCAGAGGCCAUGGAGGAGACGGGCUUGGUCAUUGCUCAGGUGGUCAUCCUGAACGCUGUGGAGAAAGUGUCUGAAGCAGAGGCUGAACCCGAAGCACCUGCCUGCGUCACUGCCACUGUGAAGACACCUGAAGACACACUACCAGUCCAGGCAGUAGCAAUGAUAGAGAAAGAGAUUGAACAAAUAGCAGAGGAGAAACCUGUCAUUGCUGAAACUCCUGUAGUCCAAGUUAAAGCACCAGCACCAGAAACUCCUGCAGAGGAGCCUGCUGCUCCAGAGGCACAAGCCGAGGCUGAAAAACCACCAAAGGAAGUUCACGAGGCCGUUCAGGUCAUUGAGACAAUUCCAGUCAUAGUUGAAAUCACAGAGAGUAUCGUGGAAGAGGUUAACAAGGAGGCGGAGGAUGUUGUCAAAGAGGGAGUUGAGGAGAUAAAACAGGAAGUGGAAUUAAAGCAAGCAGUUGAGGUCAACAUAAGUGAGGAGAAAGUUGUAGAGGUUGAAGUUGUAGUAAAGGUGGAACAGACAGAGAGUGAGUCAGAUGGAAAGGCAGAGGAGGAGAUCCAAAGGGUAAAGAGCAAUGUAGAGGCAGUAGAGGUUCAGGAAGUUCUACAAGCUGAGGUAAUCAAGCUGGUUCAGGAAGGGAUAGCAGAGGUUCCCGUUCCAGAGGCAGCUGAUGAGAUGUCAGAAGCGGCGGUGGUGACAGAAGAGACCCCAGUACCAGAGGGGCCCACAGAGACACCGAAAGCCCCACCCCAGCCAAAGGAGACGACUGCUGAGGUUGUGGGCCCACAUACAGUACAGGUGGUCAAUCAAGUGGCACAGAUCGUUGAAGAGAAGGAAGCAAAGGAAAUCCAGAUGGAGGAGGUGGUGGAAAUCGAUGCCAUUGUAAGCGCACCAGAGACAAAGGAAGCCCUGGCUAAAGAAGUCACGCCAGCCCCUGAAUCCACACCAGACACCCCAGCUGUGACUGCCAGCCAAGAGGCCCCUGCUAACAUCGUGGAUGAGGAGGUUGCCAUCGCCAUGGCUGUGACAGUUGCCAGACCAGCGGAGGCAGGGGCAGAGAAGGCGACGCCAGUGAAGCGUGUGGAGGUGAUGGCGCAGGUGAUCGAGGUGAUCGAGGAGGCAGUGAGGGAGAUUGAAACGGUCUCCUCCACAGAGCUCACAGCUACAUCGUGAGCAGCUGUAGAUGCAAGAUGGUUGCCUGGGAGACGGACUGUCCUGACCAGGAAGUGAGUGAUAGUGAGAAAGUUAGCAAGAGAGAGAGAGUGAGAGGAUGCACUGUGGAGACACACUGAGACUAAGUUCCACCCCACCCUGCCCAGAGCGACUGAGUGACUGAGCUCCACCCCACCCUGCCCAGAGCGACUGAGUGACUGAGCUCCACCCCACCCUGCCCAGAGUGACUUCGCUCCACCCCACCCCUCUCUCCUUCCCCCAUGCCCCUGUCCUGCAGCCCCAGCCUGUCACACAGAGGUGGCAUCCCCACCCCACUGUCCCUCCAUAGGUGAAGCAUCGAUCUCCCUACACACAUACCAAGCCACAGUCCUGCACCUUUGAAGCUUCCCAUCUGGCUCGUAAUCAAUGUGAUUUACUUUUUCUGUUUUGAUGACCUUGCUGUGGCUCGGGAGUCUGCUGUGUGUGUGUGUGUGUGUGUGUGUGUGUGUGUGUGUGUGUGUGUGUGUGUGUGUGUGUGUGUGUGUGUGUGUGUGUGUGUGUGUGUGUGUGUGUGUGUGUGUGUGUGUGGUCUCAGAGUUGGAGGAUUAUUAUCUUGUAUAUUGUAUUUAUAUCUUAUGCAUAUUCUCUCAUUCCCCCAUCCUUUAUUUUUUUUGUAUGGAAUAUGUGACCCAUUUUCUCAAACAUAUGUAAGACUUAGAUUCAAAGAUAAUGUCUGGAUUUUGCAGAAAUUCUAACUAAACCAUGGUACAUAUGUGAUUUCAAUGGCUGUGUCCGAUAUCAUUGAUUGCAGACGAUGACUUAAUGUGAAGACAUGGAGUGAGGUGAAAGUCAAUAGGUGUGCAACAAUCUUACAAACUUUAAUCUUUGACAUGUUCUGUCACACUGUACUUCCCUUCACCUUUCAGCCUGACAAUAUAUUUUCAGCUCCUACUGUAGAUAAAACAUACUUCACUGCCUGAAUGACUGUGAAAAAAGUAUUGUUACUUUCUGAAAUAAGUAUGUCUUUGAUUAUCGUGUAAAAAUACAAUAAAACACUAUUAUCUCAGCCUGGUUUGAUAUUGUGAGAGAGGUAUUUGGUGACACUGAUUUAUUAAUAUGCCGUGUACUAUGAUGGACAUACACUUGCAUGGGGAGAGUAACAUAUAUCUCACGUUAGAUUGUCUUGUAUUUUCAGGUGUAUGACUUCUGCUAACGUUGUGGAUAGCACUUCAAAAUAUGUGUAAUUGCUUGAUCUCUUGAAAUGGUGAUCUAUCCGUGCAUCUCUGGUGUACAGUGUACGCUCGUAGGGAGGAUUGUAUGCUAGUUUGGAGUGUACACCAGUUAUUUGGCGCCCUCUGCUGCCGAUACAGACUAUCACAUCUCUGUCGAUAUAUUUUACCAUUCCCACUGGUGAGUGCUGUUAUGUAUGUUCAUGUUUGAAUGUUGGAAAUGUUUACAUUUCAUUGCAUUUUCAAAUGAACAUUGUUUGCUGACAAUACAUUCCACACAUGCAUUUCAUGUUGUAACUUGUGUGAAAGUACAGUAAGUCAUAACCUCACUGAUUUGGCAACAGUGAGGUUUUUAGAUGGUACAAACUACUCAAUCACAAAUCACAUGGUACCAGACAAAGAGAGCAUCUUAUAUUGACAUUUCUAUGUAGCCAAGCCAAAUUGACUUAGGGUAGGUUAUCCAUGGUUGCUAACAUGAUAGAACAUCAGCAGGACGAAAUGUGUCCAAUUUGUCUCAAAUGCCUCAUUCUGGGUCAGCCUGAUUUACUUAUCUUCAAGUCAACUUUUAUUUACCAAUGAAAUUCAAAUGCUGAUUUUGGGAUUAGUUAGGGUGGCUAGAUGAGCCAAUUCUACUGUGGGCACAUACUGGGAGAAUGGAGUGCUUCCUAUUUAUCCCUUGGAUGUCAAAAUGAUGAUUGACAAUAUAGCUCUAGACUUUACACCUCACAAAGCUGACUGACCAAUGAGACACGAGAGAAAUCCUAGAAGCCUCGACCACUAUAUCUGGUCACUGUUUCACUUUACUUUGACUGUGGAUUUGUCACACACAUCCAUGUUUGUUUUAUGUAAAAUAGUACAAAUAAAUAAUAAACAGUCUGUGUUCACUGCUUAUUCUAUUGCAUUUGGUUUGGAAGCACCUCCCCCUUAGAUCCGCCCGAGCUUUUUGUAACACAAUCUAACUGUGAACCUGGUAACAUCUGUACAAAUUGUAUACCUAUGCACUUCAAAAAAUAAUAUUGUUAUAACCUAUAAUCAUAUAAUGUAUCUGUAGCAUGGACUUAAUUCUGUCUUUUACAUUUUCCAAGCUGUUAAUAGUAGAUACAGAAACCUGUCUAUAUUUCAUUCAAAAAUAAAGCUAGCAAUAUAAAAAUGUG